GCAUGGCGGCUGCAAAGGAUGGGUAUCUUCCACUGUUUGAAACGAAGGAAGCUAAGGGUCAAGUGGCUUAUCGAUUGUUUGCUUUUUCCAUGCUUGUGUCCAUCUUUUUAGUUGUGGUGUACAGAGUGAGGCAUGUCCCAGCUGUCGGAGAAGGAGCUCAGGGAAGAUGGGUUUGGAUUGGACUGUUUGUUGCUGAAUUCUGGUUAUCUCUUUCAUGGCUCCUCCGUCAAGCUCUUCGAUGGAACCUUAUCUAUCGCUACACCUUCAAGGACCGGCUCUCCCAAAGGUACGAGAAGGAAUUGCCAGGAGUGGAAAUAUUUGUAUGUACAAUGGACCCAAGCAUGGAGCCACCAAUAAUGGUGAUAAACACUGUGUUAUCAGUCAUGGCCUAUGAUUAUCCGCCGGAGAAGCUAAGUGUUUAUCUCUGCGACGAUGGAGAAUCUGAGUUGACGUUCUAUGCAAUGAUAAAGGCGUCUCGCUUCUCUAAGCAUUGGCUCCUAUUCUGCAAGAAAUUCAAAGGGGAGCCUCCCUCCCCUUAA